UAUUAUCAUAUCAUAAAACAAACAAACAUACAUACAUACAGAUAUGGAGUCUUCAAUAUCAAUAAUAUUUCACCUAUACAUACAGGUGGUGCUGGUGGUGUUGGUUUCUUCAUCCUCAUCUCAUUAUUCGUCUUUGGAGAAGACGAGACGACGGUGCCACGAUGAAGAGAAGGCUGCCUUGCUCCAAUUCAAGCACAGCUUUCCCAGCACCAACCAAUGCAAUAAUGGUGUUCAUCAAAAACCAAAACUGGAAUCAUGGAAAGAAGGGGGCGACUGCUGCUCCUGGGAGGGCGUGGAGUGUGAUGAACAAACUGAUCAUUAUCAUGUCAUCGGCUUAGACCUGAGCCAGAGUUGCCUCUUCGGUUCCAUAAACUCCAGCAGCUCCCUCUUUACACUCACUCACCUCCAGAGGCUGGACCUCUCCUACAAUGACUUCAACUAUUCUCACAUACCCUCCGCAAUCGGAAACCUCUCCCGUCUCACUCAUCUCCACCUUACCGAAUCCAACUUUUCUGGCCAAAUCCCACAACAACAACUCUCCAAUAUCACAACUAUGGUUUCCCUUGAUCUGUCUUCAUAUUCCGGAUUGGAACUGCAUAGUCUGAAAGGACUAGUUCAACACAUGAGCAACUUGAAGCAUCUCCAUCUAUCAGAAGUGAACCUCUCUUCUUCAGGUGUACCUCACCUCCUCUCCAAUCUCUCAUCAUUAGAAUCUCUAGAUCUUCUUGACUGUGAGCUGAAGGGUGAGUUUCCCAUGGCCAUUUUCGAUCUCCCGAAGCUCAAGAUGCUCGAUAUAAGUGGAAAUCGUGAUUUCAAAGGCUAUUUGCCCAACUUCCGUUCCGGGAGUCCUCUUCAGACGUUAAGUUUCUUCGGAACAAGUUUUGGGGGAGUGUUGCCUCCCUCCAUUGGGAAUCUCACCUCUUUGAAAGAACUAUACAUGGACACUAGCAAUUUUACAGGGGACCUGAUGUCACUCGGUAAUCUUACCCAACUGGUCUUUUUGGGCAUUUGGGGUGGUAAUCACGUCACCCCGGAUACUCUCAAUACUUCUUCAUUGUCGUGGAUUGGUAAGCUCACCAAGCUCACUGAUUUGUCCCUUCAAGGCUUGGACUUGACGGGUUCUCUCCCAAUCCCACCACCUUCCACCACUUCCACAUUUUCAUCCUAUCUAAUUUCAAACAAUAGUUUGUCUGGAGAACUUUCACCUCUCAUUUGCAAUUUCAUAUUCCUUGUGCAUCUUGAUCUGGCAUUCAAUAGUUUGAGUGGAAAACUUCCUCAAUGUUUGAGUAGUUUUAGCAAUAGCCUUUUAUUACUGGAUGUGAGAGGAAACAAGUUUGAUGGAAAUAUUCCGUCAAUGUGGAGAAAUGGAUGUCAACUGAGAAUGAUAGAUAUGAGUUACAAUCAGUUACAAGGACAGUUACCCAGAUCAUUGACCAAUUGUUCACAGUUGGAGUUUGUGGAUUUUGGCAACAACCAAAUAAGAGAUACUUUUCCUUUUUGGUCGGGAAGACUUGCAAUGUUGAGCGUCCUUAAGUUGCAAUCUAACCAAUUUCAUGGUGAACUUAACAAUGAUUUUGGAUCCUCAAACCUUAGAGUCAUUGACUUAUCCAACAACAGAUUCAAAGGGAAGUUACCAUCAAAGUUCAUUAACACCUCGAAGCCCAUGAGAGCCUUAAAUACAAGUCACACGACGAACUACAUGGAGCUAGACUUGCAUCCGACUUACAGGUGGGGUGGUGAAGACUUCGGCAUAUUUGAUUACUCAGUGAUCUUGCACAACAAGGGUUUGGAAAUAAACUAUGUAAAGAUUCCAACUAUUCUUUGUACCAUAGACUUCUCCUCCAACAACUUUGAAGGGGUGAUUUCAGAUGUGUAUGGAGAUCUCACGGGACUUCAGGUGCUAAAUCUUUCUAGAAACCAUCUCAUUGGGAACAUACCAUCUUCUUUCUCCAGCAUGAAAAAUUUAGAAUCUUUGGAUCUCUCCCUAAACCAUCUCUCGGGACAGAUCCCUAUGGAGCUCACAAAACUCACUUCUCUUUCAUCAUUCAACGUGUCAUUUAACAAUCUCUCUGGCCCCAUUCCACAGGGAAACCAGUUCUGUACCUUUGACUCCAAGUCAUAUGAAGGGAAUCCUGGAUUGUCCUUUGAAACUUGGAAUAAGCAGUGUGGAAAUGCAAGGUCUUUGCCUCAACUGCAGCAGGCUCAAUCCCCUACAGAAGAUGACGACGACGAAGAUGUCUCUAAAAUAAAGUGGAUGAUAAUAUCAAUUGGAUUUGUUAGUGGUUUGGCUGUUGGAGUGAUCCUUGGGAACGAGUUGACUACGAGAAAAUACUAUUGGCGCUCCACUGCCACGCCCAAAGCCGCCGCUGUUUGUGCCUUAGGGAGGGCCGCCGGUUCUUCCGGCCAGGAGGGCUGUCCCGGCGUCGUCUGCAAUGCUUUGCCGUUGCCGAUCAAGGAGCAGGAGGGCUGAUCGGGUCUGAAGAAAGUUGGGCAGCGAUUGUUGGAAUUGCAGGAAUGACGUCUGAGCCUGGAGAUCUUCGGUUUUGGCGCAGACCACAACUACUCAACAAGUUCGUAUGAAACUCUUCAAGCCUCGUCCUCCACAAAGUGGUAAAAUUACUUCAAUUUAGAGCAAUUUUGGCAAUAUCUUUUGUAGUUAAUCAUUCAUACUCUGUUAAAGCUGCUGCUUCUAUCUAUCAUAUAUCAGUGGUGUUUGUUAAAAAAUACUACCUCCGUCCCAUUGUCUUUGUCCAGUUUUGACUUUUGGAACUGUUCAUCUAAGCACUUUGACUCAUCAAAUUCUCUCAAUGUGUAAGCCUAAAAAUAGUCAUGUGUGAUCUUGUUUGAUUCGUCUUAACAUAUAGAUUAUUAAUAUAUAAUUUUUAUAAUU